AAUUCGGUUGCAGAAGCAGUUAGCGCAGAGAGCCAUCGCACCACGUCAAACCAGAGUCACACAUCAGUCACACAUUAAAAAUGGGAGAUGAGCCGCGUCCGUCGGUUCUUCGAGUUUUGAAGUGUGACUUAUGGGAAUGUGAUAUGUUAGAUGGAUUUCGUUAGUUAGAUUGCGGUGGCGGCGGCAGCCAUGGUCGAGCUGAUUUUUAUCAGCAUAAACAGUUACAGUUCUCGAUGGGAUGUUGAACGGUAACGAUCGGUUUCUAUAUGAGUUAAAAAAUAACGGUGGGACGAUCUUAAUUUUACGAUCGCUGACAUUAUUACGCGCGUAAAAUUAUUACAUAAAAAAAUCUAUAAUUUAGGUUUGAGUUUUUACUACCAAGAUUUUUAAAAUAAAAAAAUUGUGAUUUACUAUCAAGAUUUUGGAAAAAAAGUGAUUUAGAAAAAAAUAUUUAAAAAAGAGAAAAUUAUGGAUAACGAUAGUAAAAAUAUAAAAGUGGAUACAAAACCCGUUGAAACUUUGGUUCUGGCAAAUUACGGAAAGGAUUCGAAAAAAGGAUCAUCCUCGGCGAAAGAUGCACCGGGUAAAGGGCGAAAGGAAGAUGAGAGAAUAACAUGUGCCGUUAUGAAGGUUUUAGAAGGAUACGAUUGGAAUUUAGUUCAAGCCACAACAAAAUCUACAUCCGAUAGGAAAAAAGACCACAUCAAGAGGCCCAUGAAUGCAUUUAUGGUGUGGGCGCAAGCAGCUCGAAGGGUAAUGUCCAAGCAGUAUCCCCAUCUCCAGAACUCUGAACUGAGUAAAUCUCUAGGAAAACUCUGGAAAAACCUCAAGGACAGUGACAAGAAACCAUUUAUUGAAUUCGCCGAGAAACUCCGCCUUACACACAAACAAGAACAUCCCGACUACAAAUACCAACCACGACGAAAAAAGUCAAAAUCGACUACACCCAAUUCUACCAACUCAUCAGCAAUACCAUCAUCUCCAUCAACAACAGAUAUGAAAACAUCGCAAUGCAAUUCAAAGACAAACAAUAAUCAAAAGAGUAAUUCCAGCCGCAGAAUUACUAACGAGCUUAAGUCAUUCAUCGAUCCUAUCAAUAAGAACAACCGCUUCAACUGCCGAGGACAAUUCCUUAGCACAGAUACAACAACUACCAGCACUCCUCGACUAGCAGCAGCUCCUCCUGUAAACCAAUCAACAGAGAUGGAUUACACAAACACUGGUUGCGGUGAUGGCAAUCUAUUAACACAAUACAGCCAUGCAAAUGGCACAACCGACCACCACCACCAUCAUCACGAUUCCCUUUUGAAGUCCCUAACCGAAAGCAACGAAUCGUUUCGCAAAUUCGAUUACGUCCGCCAAAUGGACUCGCCAUGCUCAACAACGUCCAGUUCUAGGCAAUCAGUGGGCGAAGCAAAUCCUUUGACUCCUCCAGCCACUCCAUACACAACAAUUGGUAGUGUCCUUCAUCGAUCUAUAGGAACACCACCACCACCGCCUCUUGUUAUGUCACUGUCACUUGCAUCGUCGUCGUCGUCAGCUUCAUCAUCAUUAGCCAAAAAUGAACACAAUUCGCCCGAACAUUAUGCGCUGAGUGCAUCCGACCAUCAUCAUCCACAAUAUGUCAGCAAUAGCUUAGAAUUUCCUAGAAAUAGUGAUGUCUUGGCGGCUGCUGGCAUCAGUUAUCAUCAUCAUCAUCAGCAUCAGUCUCUGGGAAUGGAUUCGUCUUCUUCUCACCAUAAUAGUGGCGGUGGCGGUAGGACAUAUGCCAUUCAUCACUAUUUGCAGCCACAGCACGUUCAGUCUCAGUCAUCAAAUUCUCAAUCUCAGCCAGAACAAAACCCCGUCAUCCAUCAUCAGCAACAGCAACAUGAUCUAACAGCGUCCUAUGGAACAUCAACCACGUCGCCACACUCGAUUGCGUCCCUUAAUUAUUUGCAUACCAACCACCACCAGCACCAUCAUCAUCAAAUGGUCCACAACUAUUUGGCGCCAUCUAUCGUAGAUGCCGACAUCGAUCCCAAAGAAAUCGACCAAUAUUUGGAUGGUCUGCCGCAAGGUCACAUGUGUGCUACACCGGUGUCUGCUUCGUCGCCCUCUUCAUCCAUUUCCCCCAAGUCUCAUCAUAACGCAUCCGCGACCAUCACCACUUCCAGUAGUUGCGUGGAAACUUUGGGCGGUAUCAUGACUUACAAAAAUGAAGUUGAGUCUCUGUUAGAGUUACAACCGCUCGAUAGACUACAUUCACACUCACCCAGCGGACAAGGAAGUCCCAUUAGAACAACGUCGACAGGAGUAUCUCUCAAUAUGCCAGGAGGAAACUGCUAUUACCAGGAUACUGUUGUUUCACCAGCAACUUCGGUUACUGGUUCCUCUUCCUAUCAAUAUCAUAACCUUUGGGGAAACUAUGUGAAUCCAUAGCAAGGUGGGGAUUUGGGAUUCGAUUAAUUCUGAAGCCAUAUUCGAGAGUGAUGCGAAACAGAAUUCAAUUAUGGUGGCAUGUGAAUUCCUUAACUCGAUAAAACUGUAUACAGUCACUAUAAGUAAGUUAAUAAUUUACCAGAUUGAGUUGGUAAACAAUAUUAUUAUUUUUUUUUUAUUUUUUUUAUGUAUCCUGGUUAAGCUUGUUUAUCUUUAAGAUUCAAUUUAAAUAAUAUAGUGUAUAUAGACA